AUGACAGACAACGGCACAUCAAGGCAUCAAUCUCAGAGACCGCACAAGAAAAAACGACAACCUCUGACCCAUUUUCUUUGCCUGCCUCUGGUCAACGCUUCUUCAAUCACCCAAUUGGAGUCUUCCCUCACGGCCUUCAAAGCAUCUCACCUACCUGGCCCUAGGUCAUCUCCUCCAGCAUCUUCCAAUGGCAAUGCUAGCCCGUCAAGUUUGACCGUACCCAGCGGCGCCUUUCGCCCAUUAGGAACCCUCCAUCUUACACUUGGUGUAAUGAGUUUGGGCAGCAAGAAGCGCUUGGAAGAAGCUUUAUCUUUUCUUUGCUCUCUCGACUUGAAAGCUUUAAUGAGUGAGGCCGAUCGAGUCGCUACUCGAAAGAGAAACACCCAUAAUUCAUUGGAAUCAUCGGUGUCCACCCAUGUGCCUGCUGACGCACAGCCUAUGAUUGUCUCGCUUGAAUCACUUCAUGCACUGCCGAGUGCCAAGUCAGCAACCAUGCUUCAUGCCUCUCCAGUCGAUCCCACGGGCCGGUUGUACCCAUUCUGUGUGAUGAUUCGCGACAAAUUCAUCGAAGCCGGAUUCGUCCAUAAUGAGAAUUCAAAGCCUUCCACCGAAGAAAUAGCUCAAGAUAAAUCCUCUACCGAUGAUAGGAAAGUAGCAAGCGGGAAUAAGUCUCCACAAGUAGGGGAAAAGCCUCUUGAAAGCUCAAUCACAACAGGAAAUAUGGACCCAUAUACAGCUGCAUUGUCCCGAAAACCCAAACCCCGACCACUUCUUCUACAUGCAACCCUCGUAAACACAGUUUACGUCCGUGGUAGGCAAAACACCCAAAGCAAAGGUGCAGAUGGGAGGAAACCACCAAACCGGAUCACAUUUGAUGCUCGCGAUCUGAUAUCCCAGUACAAGGAUUACUACACCGAUGAGACAAGAACUAGUGCACUACCAGUCGACUCCAAACCAAAGGACUCCUCUAGGUCAACCUCGGAUGUCGGAGGUAACAGCAAGCAACCGGGGUCUUUUACGCAACAUCCUAACUCAGCGAAUUCUCGGCAAUUGAAGCCUACCUACCCUUUCGUCUGGGCGAGAGAUAUCACCUUGGAUACAGUCUGUAUCUGUGAAAUGGGCGCGAGAAAAAUUCCUUCGAACCCCCAUGUGAAUAGCAAUCAUGAUCUGAACAAUCGGCUCGGUGAAAAAUACACGGUUGUGGGCGCGAGAAGCCUGGGUGAAAAGUAG